UGCCGAGUUCGAAAUACCGUGCGUGACAUUUCUCACUAGACUCUUCACACUGCCAUAGAUAAGAUCAGAUAUGCUUUUUAUCACAUUCUUCUUGAAUCCAAGAGGAUUCCCUAAGAAGUCCACGGAGUCCAGUCUAAAAUAAUUGCAGCUUGCCAUUUCAAUUCCUGAAAAAAAAUUAGAUGAAUAAAUGAACCACAAAAAGCAUUAUAUUCCUUGCAGAUGAUGCGGCAACUUUGUGUGGAAAGAAAAGGAAGAUGAAAUGUAUACGAUAAAAAGAGGACAAAAGAGAGAUAAUCAACAGGAUACGACCCCCACGAACGAAAUGUUCGAGAAGAGAGAAGGACCGUUUCAGGUCUCAGGUCUCAGUCAAUUUAUCUCAUUGUCAGUUGUAUCGCGCAGCUGAUCGAGUGAUCGCCUCAGUGGAGUGUGGAGUCUUUCAGUUUCUUUUGAAUCGUCGUGAGUGCAUCAUCAGCGGAUGUGUGAUCGACACGAUGCGCGUGUAGAAAGUUUGUCGUUCAUAUAUGUAGAUAUGUACUUUUUUGCGCGCAUCCUCUACGAAGGAAGAAAAUACGAGAUUCGUCGAUGACAAGAGACCAGCUGUUCGAGCAUGCAGCGAUGGUUAUUGGUCUUGAACGAACCUGCAUGCGGUAGCAUUCUAUGCGUCAUCGGACGCCGUCGAAUGCAAUCGGGGGAUGCAUUCGAGUGCCGGCGUUCGAGCGGCGAUCCCGCGCGAUUUCAGGAUCAAUUCCGAUGGAAUAGAAAGAUGCGCUUACGUCGUGUCGCCCACAGUCGAAUCAUAUGGAAUCGAAUGGGUAAAGUCAGAUUUGGGUGAGAUCUCUAAAUUCGUAAACGGCAUCAUAGACGGCAAGUCAGCAAGUACAACUCAGCGAGUUAAUACGAGAAGAUGUUACAAAACAUCCAUCAGCUCCGGCUACUCGAGUCAUUCUCCACUGUUAUCGGUCGGUUCAUGUUCUUACUAUACACCAACGUCGACGAGAGAUCUGUCGAAUGGUGGUCUAGCUGUGAUUCACGAGAACGAAACAGCUUAUGUACCGCAACCCAUUUGGCCUUUUGUUCCAUGUUAUCAGGCCGAAAAUAUAGAUUAUGAAGGCAUCUAUACGUGUCGCGUCUGUGGUUGCACAUGUAGCUAUUUGCCACCGUCGACACCGUCGGCAUCAUCACCGCUGACAGCAUCAGCGCGCGAGAUGUUGCUCGAAUUAUCUCGAACUCUUAAUUCUAUGAUAGACGGUGACAUCGCGGUGGUACCGGAAGAUAUCUUGCGCGAUAUCUCACGUAUCGUUUCUCUCGAUUCAAGGAACGAUAAUUUAUACGAAUAUGUUUACCCUUGGACUUUGAACGAAAAUAAUCUAUCGGUAUCUCCAAAUUACAUCAAGGACGUACCGCCAAGAGUCUAUUCUGAAUUAUAUGUUGGUCCUCGUGCUUUCUAUGAAAAUAACUCGAUGCGACCCGCGUUAUUCCUUAAAAAUGAUAGGAUAACGAAACGCGAGAACGCAGAAAGGGAGUUUUGCGAAACGUCUAGUGGUCCAUACGUCCUUAAAUACCAAGAUGACAAACAUAUUAAAAGUAGUUGUGCAAAACUAUCGUUUGGAUUAGACAAAGAUAAACAAUGCCAAAACGGACUCACCUCGACCGAAUCAAAAUAUUCAACAUUGGAUUACAGUGACAUUGGCUCGUCUAGUGAAGAAACGAUUGCCUCGUCCAACGAUUGGAAUCGUCGCUUAGCCGUUAAAGACUUAGGAAAGGAUUUGGAUUUCACUCUCGAUGUAACGCGUGCCGAGCGUUUAAGUCGAACAAUCGCAAAAGCGAAACGAAAACGGCAAUGGUGCAGAGCCCUUACCACUCUUUUCGCUUUAAUUUUCUUCGUAUUAAGUGUCAUCGUUGUCUCAUUAUGCAUAACGAGGGGUCGUAAGAUGUUUGGAAGCAUUUAAGAGUCAAAGAUUUAUCAUAUUUGGAUAUAUUCCUUCUUAAAAUUGUGCGGAAGCGUCCUGUUUGAUUCCAUAUUACGCCUACAAUUAUUUGCAGCAUCUAAUGUUUAUGGUUUUUCCUUUACUAAGCUGGAGCCAAUCAUAGAAUACUGCAAACAAUUUUGGGUGUCAUCUGAAUGCGCAAUAUAUUAUAUUUUAAUAUCUAGAAUAUUUUACGAAAUAUUUUGGUAGCUUUUACCAGAGACAUUUUGUGAUACAAAUAUUCUCGUUUUAUGCAUAUCUGUUUCAGUACCUUAUAUAAGAAGAGAUUUUAUAGUCUCGCAAUGAAUGGCUGUGACCAUGUCCUUAUGUACAAUUAAAUACCAGAAAUGGUAGCAUUAUACGAUCAUGCUAAAUAUAAAUAAUCAGAUUUACAAAAAGGUGUGGUAAUGAUUGUGGUAAUAAUAUUGUGCGAUAAAAAAAACUGAUAUCUAUAUAGAAGUUUUUCAGCAAGAACGUCAUACAAUUAGUCUUUGACUAUAUAAAUCAAAGUAAUUCAAAUAAAUUUUUUUUUUAUUUGUAUUAUAGUACUUUAAUCAUCCUAAACAAUUGCAUGACUAUGUAUCUGUUUUCUUACUGAAAAGCUCUGUCAUGUGUAGCUGUUAACUUAUGCGCGCAUGCGCAUUAAAUUAACACUGAUCCAACCUAGUCUAGUCGCGAUCGGUAAAUAAAGCUGGUGAUGUGGUGUAGAUAGUGGUAAAACGUCAAGAGUUAGAAAAAGACAGUGUGUGUGCGUAUAAAAGUAUCAAAACGUAUGAUCUUCGUAUCACAAUUCACGAUUACGAAUGUAUUAACGGUGCUGAUAAGCAACAGCGCGAACUGACAUACUAACAAUUUGGCAUUUAUUGAUAUAUUUUUCGCAUUUAUCAAGAACAUUCAAGUGUCGAUGAUACAAAGUGAGCGAUACACAAAGCACACAUUUACGAUUUCGUCCAGGUUAUUCUUAUAUCAAUCUCGUUUACAUUCGCUCAAUUAUUCCGUGGAGAUUGGAUAUAGUAUUGCUUUUACUACCUACUUUUGUCAUCUGAG